AGGCGCUCUUUUACAUCUCUAGAGGUUAUACCAUUUGAGUGUUCUAUGAAACUGCUAGCAAAUAACAAAACAGGGAAGUGAGACUGAUGCACUUCCUUACAUGCCUCUUCUGUGUCAGAACCUUGUUAUGAGAAACAGACAGCUCAUUGCUUUUUAUGGUUGGUUUCAGCGGCCAGGGGCUUUUAAUGAAUGCAUCUUGUACAUGAACGGAGACGAUCAGAAAUGAAGCAUAUCUUACUUUAACUUCUGGUGACCUGGUGACAUGGAAGACAUGUAUGAUGUCACUGUUGGUUAAUUAAGCUGAGGGAUUUUACAGUUCCAGAAAUUCAAACAUUUUUCAAGGCAAUCUUUCAAGGAUGUUAAGGAACCAGUACAGUGCAUGCACAAUGACUUUCAAAUGUUGGAUGCACUUGCUGCUGUUCAGUCUGUGUUUCCACAAUGAGCCUGCUGCUUGUAAACCUGCAUGGAUGACACCGCAGUUCCCAUGUGAUGUCACACCCUCCUACAAUACAUCCAGUGUCCUGUUUGACUGUAAAGGGCGCCACCUGGAUGGAGUUCCUCACGGGAUAACAAGCAAUGCGACGGAACUCAUCUUAUCAGAAAACUACAUUAAAAAUAUUACUGUCGCUUCAUUUUCAAACCUGCAGAACCUGACUCGUCUCGAUCUCGGCUGGGCAAGCAAAAACAAAGGGCUGAUCAUCGCUGCGGAGGCUUUCAAAAACCUAACAAAACUACGUUCACUGAGGCUUAGUGGCAAUCUCCUGACUGAAAUUCCCGGCAACCUCCCUGUUAGUGUGGAAAUCCUUGAUUUACACAAUAACAAGAUAAUGAGGUUAGAUAACAGGAGCUUCGCUGGCUUAACAAACUUGACCGAGUUAUGGUUAUCCAGAAACUGCUACUUCUGGAAUCCUUGUAACAAAUCCAUCACAGUUGUUGACGGAAGUUUAGCAAUUAUGACCAAACUUAAGAUUCUGGACUUGUCCUACAACAACUUAACUGAAGUUCCAAAAGGAUUGCCCAGAUCGUUAACCAUGUUGAAACUGGGUUCUAACCAAAUACAGUACAUCUCUGAAGAGGAUUUCUUGGGGCUUACAAAUGUAAAAUCCCUUCACAUACAAGGGAACUGUCCAAGAUGUCACAAUGCUCCAUAUCCUUGUGUUCCUUGCCAAAACACUUCCAUUGCCAUCCAUCCCAAUGCGUUUAAUAGUUUAACACAGCUUGUGACACUGAACAUGGGAGGAAACUCACUGACCUACCUGAAUCCCUCAUUGUUUGAGAACUUGAGAGCGCUUAAAGAAUUGUUCCUGUCAUUUAACUUCUUACUAAACGCAAUAACCAGAGAAGCAACAUUUCUAAAGUCCCUUCAAAAGCUGGAAAAAAUGGACCUUUCAUUUAACUUUGCUUCCAAGUGCUACCCUAAAACCAUAAACCUUUCCAAGGAGUUUUCAAAUCUGACAUCACUUCGGACUUUGCAUAUGGAAGGCUUGGUCUUCCAGGAUAUCGGGCCGCACACCCUCAGUCCUCUCUAUGAGCUGAAGAAUCUUUCAGCAUUAAACUUAGGGACCAACUUCAUUAUUCACUCUGGUUCCACAAUAUUUGAAAAAUUUUCACACCUGAAAAUGAUUUACCUGGCAGAAAACAGGCUCUAUCCAAUGCCAGUGAGAAGUCUUUCAUCUCCACUUGAUGGAUACAGUCAGGAGCUGGACCUUUCCAUCUCACCGCUCAUCACACAACAUCCACAAGAUCGUGAUUACAUUUUGAAACACGGCCUUAUCAAACAAGAGUGCUUUGACUCUGGAAGAGUGAUUAUCCUCAGCUCAAAUAAUCUCUUCUUCAUUACUCCACAGCAGUUUGAGCACUACGGAAACAUUUCAUGUCUCAACCUUUCAGGAAAUGGAUUUUCGGCCGCACUUAACGGAACAGAGUUCUCCUUGCUGCCUAAUCUGACAUACCUUGACUUGUCGUACAAUAAGAUUGAUCUGGCCUUUGACGACGCCUUUAAAGAACUGGAAAAACUACAAGUACUGGAUAUUAGUCACAAUUCUCACUACUUUACAGCAUUUGGUGUUACACACAAUCUGAAUUUCACUCAAAAUCUGCCAGUUCUAAGAGUGCUGAAUAUGAGUAAUAACUUAAUCGACAGGUUAACAACAAAACGCAUGUACAGCAAAUCCUUAACAGAACUUCGGUUUGCUCAUAACUAUCUUGGCAAGAUUUGGAAGGUAAACGAUGGCUCGUACAAGACGCUUUUUACCAAUCUUACAAAUUUGACUAUUUUAGACAUAUCUUCCAACAGCAUUGCAAAUAUUCCGGAUAAUGUGUAUGAAUAUUUGCCACGUAACCUCACAAACCUACUCAUAAGUCACAACCGUCUUACUGACUUCAAUUGGGACAAACUUCUGUGUUUCCCUCAACUUGAAACUUUAGACCUGAGCUAUAAUUAUUUAACUAAUGUGACAGGUUCUAAUGCAAAAGUCACACACACUUUGACUUUACUUGACCUGAGCCAUAAUCACAUUUUCGAGUUGGACAACGGAUUUCUACAGGUUCCAAAAAGCCUACAGACUCUUAGUCUUAGAAACAACAGACUGACCAUCAUCAAUCAAUCCACCUUCUCACUUUGGCCUGAGAGUCAGAUUAAGACUUUGCUCUUGCAGAAAAACCCCUUCCAGUGUACCUGUGAUUCAUUCGAUUUCAUUAUGUGGAUUGAAAGCACUGAUGUAAAGAUUCCUAGCCUGACCACCGCAGUGACCUGUGACACACCAGCAAACCGCAAGGGUCAAGCUUUGAUCAACUUUGAUAUUCAACAGUGUGUGAAUGACACAAUGGCUUUUUCUAUCUACAUUCUCACAUAUUCUUUCGUGAUGGCUUUCAUGUUUGUCUCAACAGUUGCUCACUUGUUUUACUGGGAUGCCUCCUACGUCCUACACUAUAUGAAAGCUAAGAUUAACGGAUACAGAACUCUGAACUCACCUGACAGUGCUUAUGACGUCUUUGUGACUUACGACACCAGCGAUCCACAUGUCUCUGAGUGGGUGUUGGGGAACCUGCGAGUGAAACUGGAAGAUGAGGGAGAGAAGCAUCUUCCUCUGUGUCUGGAGGAAAGGGAUUGGCCCCCAGGAGUCCCGCUGGUAGACAACCUCACUCAGAGCAUCCGAUACAGUCGCAAGACACUGUUCGUCUUAACAGAGAACUACGUUAAGACCGGGGUUUUUAGACUGGCAAUGUAUCUGGCCCAUCAGCGCCUGCUGGAUGAAAAUGUAGAUGUGAUAGUGCUUCUGAUGCUGGAGCCUGUCCUGCAGCACUCUCACUUCCUGCGCCUGAGGAGGCGGCUGUGUGGGGAAAGCGUGGUGGAGUGGCCGAGAACACCUGCCGCAGAGCCCUGGUUCUGGCAAAACCUGAGGAGUGUGGUCAGAGUAGACAAUCAACUGAUGUACAGCAAGUCUUAUUCAAAGUACUUCACCAUCACCUGAGGCGAGGACAAACAUCAACUGUUUGAAUGAUUCAAAACAUUUUUUGUGGAAAAUUCAAUCGUUUUGAACUGUUUUGGACUCAACUUUUAUCAAAAUUGUUUCAUAAUAGUUGCUGAUUCAGACACAGUUGUAAUAAAUGUCUUGUUUUCUGUGUGCAAAUUUUACAGUAUAUAAAUAAAUCAGUCAAUUUUAAUCUAA